AUGUCGACUGGUACAGGUGUUCAUAGGAAGAAGUCUACUUCUACAGGAACGACUAAAAAGGCUGCAGUAAGCAGUCCAGCGCGAAAAAGCAGCAGUCAGGGGGGAUUUGUGGAUCACAUCUCACAGACCAGAAUCAAAGAUGUAAGUGUGCUAUCAGUGGUUAGUCUCUCCAACGGAGCGAUGACACUGUAAAAUGCUUCUACCGUUAGAAAAUUGUCAAAAAAUUUAUUUGAGGUUCGUUGUAGAAGAAAUGGGACAACUUUCUCCAUAUAAGUAAAAGAAUCAUAAAGCUAUUCUGCAAGUUUUUCCAGUGCCCUUGUUUUCCAGGAGAAAGGGGCCCUGAGGCUUUCGAAGUAAAACUUUACUUCCUGGGAAAAGCACUGAGAGGGUAAGUGAAAGAUGAGCCAGCGUUUCUUAACCUCUAUAAACAGUCAUUUGGGACAAUACAUUAAAAAUUAUGAAAAACAGAACUUCUUAAGUGGAGUAAGUUACCAAAAUCUAUCCCUCUUUUCAGCUUGAACAGCAAGUGUCAGAUCUGAAGAGACGCUUGGAUGAGCUCCGCAAAGCUAAGAAUACUACCAUCGUUAAAAAGGACAAAGAAUAUAUAACUACAGGGGCAGCUCAGUCUCCCCAUAACAAUUCAACUACAGCAAACUGUGUAUCUGACCAAAGAGCCCCCUCUGUGGAUACAGCAAAUGAAGUAAAACUACAACAAAGUAAACAAGAGAUUAAGACAUUACAAGACAAUAUAGCUGCUAUGAAAGAGCUGCACAGAGUAGAAAUAGAGGAACUAAAGAAUGAGAUAGAGAAACAGGUACAGUAACUGUUUCUGUGAAUUAUUGAGUUCACUUCAUAUAAGCUCAUUUAGGGGCUGCGGGAACUCCCUCAUUUGGCCUAUAUGGUUAUGUGCCACUGAGCAGGGUAUGAAUUUUAGGGUCUUGAGUCUAAAAAGGUAUACAAAUAUUAUUUAGCAUCUUGAACAGGUUGUCUUUUUUGAGCGGAAUCCUUUAAAAGAGUGUGGAGGUAAUCAAUGAUUGGUGUACAUUGUGGUACCAACAAUUUUUUGUCAAAGUUCUAAUUCCUUGAUGUUGGUUUGAAAAGCUUAACUGUCCUCCAGAUUUAUUUUCCUUUGCCUUAAAAAAAAAAAAGAAAAAAACCGUCACCUACUAUGCAGGCUACUAAGCUAAGAGAGAAGCCCAGUAUCAAUACAAUUUUCCUGGCCUCUGGCCACAUUUUUGACCUAACAAUAGGGGGUUAGAGCCUGCUCCCCCUGACCCCUCCCCCAGCAACUGCAAAUGUCUUGAAUGUUGUUAGGAAAUGUUUUGACUGUGUACCCCUUGAUGUUGAUCAACCAAUGCCCAUUAUUGUUCUCUCCAGGCUAGACAGUCUGAGUCUGACUUUGCUUCUGACCUUGAAAACUUAAAGAAACAAAACAGAGAACUUAAGGAGGAAAAUGAACUGCUCAAUGCUAAGACAGUGACUUUACAACUACGAAUUGAUGAUCUGUUAGAAGAGCUGAGUAAGAAGGAGGCUGAGUGGUGUUCUAAAGAAGAAAAACUAAUUUUGGAGGUACAGUCAAAUGCUGAAACACUGCUUUUAGACACCCGCUUAAUACUGACACCUCAUUAUUAUGGACAGUUUGCUUUGUCCCUAGGGAAAGAAAUCCUUACAUUUUCUCUAAAUUCAACCUACUUAUUACAGACACUUUCUAUGGCCCCCUCAGUGUCCAUAUUAACUGGGUUUGACUUUGCAAAACAAAUAUGCGAUAUUAAACAGUAAGGGGUGGGAGCCCUGGAGAAUAUGUGGGAAAGGAAGUGUACAGGAGACGGAGUAGGCAAGAGUGGGAGGUCGAAGUUUUAAAAGGGUGGAGAGUGGGGGAAAUAGGAGAAAAUUUCACAACCAUGCUCAGCCAGGGGUUUCAAUAACCACCUACGACCGACGAAACACGUUGGCUACUUUACUCAGAACAGUCGGCUACUUUUUUCCUCAAAAAAGAAGGAACUAAUUUUAAUAAUGUCUUGAACAAAAAUUAUAUCAUAAAAUCCGGAUUAAACAUUAUGAUAUGCUUUCAAUGGCCCCUUGAUGAUACAGUCAGUUACUCUAUUCAAACCUGCUGGCUACUUCAAUUAUUAUUGAAUUGCGAACAUUUAAAAAUGUUUGCAAUCAAAAAACGGCUUGAGGGAGGAAGCAGAGAAAAAUGGGGCAAGAGCCGGGAAUGCAAGAGAGGUCCCCCUCCCUGACCAAGCUUGUGCAGUCAAGAUGGCUGAAUAUUGACCAAGUUCUUUCUUUGCAUAUUCCAUGAACAGUCAACGUCGAUAAAACUGCAAAAGAGAACGAGGUCAAUGUCCAACCAUCUCGAACGGACAAGCUUGGUUACUAAAGUAUUUGUUAAAUGGCUAGGGGAACUUUUUCUUGCACGAACUAAGGGAGAAAUCUUGAGUGGGCAAGGUAGGCCUAUCUUGCUCACUUUUAACUCAGGAUUUGCUUUAUCACAUGUGUCAUCAAGCCUGCUCGCAAAACCAGCCAUAUAGCAGGGGAACCCAACGACUGAUUUCUGUAAAAUAUCUGUUGGGAGUAGCAGAUAUUGCCAGGAAUUUUCUAUCACUUGAGGACGGCUAAAAAUAUCUGCAAAAUGACCGUUCCAUUCAUGUACAAUUUUCGAAGCUUAUCUAAUAAAUGCCCUACGAUUUUCUGAAGUGUAUUUUUCCAUAUUUCACUCCCCGUACCUAACUUAGAUAUGGUACUUUCGGAUUCAAUUCCAGGACAUUUCGUGAACAUUUGACAAUUUAAAUGAAAUUGAAUAAGGUCGAUAAAGUUUGAGACAGUUCAAAUUCACUUUAAUGACGUUUUUCAAGGUGCAAAGAAAAUCAUUUUUACAGCUUGCCAUUGGGGCAAGCCGAAGCUAGCAUUUACUAGCCCAGACGUCAUUUCAACUAGCCCCAAAAGCUUUUCAUCGAGCAGAAUUGAUUUCACACUUCUUCUGUUAUUCGAAUUCCUCGAAGAACAUCACUUGCCCGUCGGGCAAGUUAAAAACAGAUUUCACUAGCCCGAUAGCAAAAUCCACUAUCCCCGGGCUAUCGGACACUACUUUCUUUGUGCGCUGGUUUUCGGUUUGUUGGCAGCCAGAAAUUUUGCUACUAUGGCAACUUGACGUAACGUUUUUUCUUCCCUAUAGCCAAUGAAAGAAGCGAUAGCAUCUCUAAAACAGUCCCAUAAUGCAAUUAGCCAUAACUCGCGCAACCUGAAAAUGGCCACCGGUUGUGAGUCAUGUUUGGCGUGACAAAUCUUUUAUAAAAUGAAAUAAAAAACGUGAUGAGAGCAGUUAAGAGUAGGUUGAAUCAGUGAAACUGCGUCCACAUCUAAGCUUUAUGAUUUUCAGGUUAAAACAUCGUGGGGUGAGAAGUACCAGAAGUGGAUGGCGCAGACUGAACAAAAGAUAGAGGAACUACAAACAGCCAACAACUUCUUGUAA